CAGUCACAAAUCAACAGAGGAUGCGAAUUAUUUGAUGUAGUUCAAAAGUUCUCAAACCUUAUCUUGCGGUUAGCGGUUAAGGGUUAUAAUAACACUCAUACUAUUCUCCAUCACAACACUCAAAGUAAACAAUGAGACUGAUAUCAUAUUUGUUAUGACCGAAUUCGCCCUUUGAAAAAUAACUUCAAUGGAGACCUGAUAUGAGGAUUUCGUACCACGUUACACCUUCGUCACAUGUUAUGGACACCCCGAGUAUUAUUCGUCCAUGUAACCAACUUCAAGAAUUGACCGUUGAGUUAUGGAAAGAAUCCGACUCCGGCUGAAGGGAAUGGCACGUGUCCACUGGACAGAGAGAAAAUCAUCCGGCUCCGGGGGGUCACGUACAGAACAUUUUUCGGCGGAGGAAGAGUACUUCAAAACUAGUUUCCUGUUGGCAGGGAGAUGGAAUGAUGAGCCGGGACAAGACAUCAAUCUGCCUGCUGGACGACACACUUUCCCGUUUUCAUAUAACCUUCCAUCUCAACUUCCGUCUUCCUUCGUAGGAGACUGUGGAUUUGUGCACUAUGAUGCUAAGUGCACCAUUGAAAAACCCUGGAACUUUAACAACGAAGCCAUCACGUCAUUUAGAGUCCAAAAUCGUCUGGAUUUAAAUCGUGAACGAAAAGCUACGAAACCUGCUCAUCUAAGCAAAUCCAAAACACUUUGCUGCCUGUGCUGUGCAUCAGGACCAAUCUCUGCUAACUUCUCCAUCAACAGACAGGGAUAUGUUCCCGGGGAAGCCAUCAUUAUUAAUGCAGAAAUAGAGAACCUGUCAAACCGGAUAAUAAAGAAAUCAAAAGUGUUCCUAAAAGAGGAGGUAGAAUAUCAUGCCACCACCGAGACAAAAUUUAAAAUUCGUGAUGUUGCCAAGCUGAAGCACGGCGAGAUCAGCCAGGGGGAAACGCACUACUGGAAUGACGAGCAGCUGGUUGUUCCGCCUCUGACGCCGUCUUAUCUCAAGGGCUGCAGCAUCAUCAACAUCACCUACUCUGUGAUGCUUGAUGUUACACCUGCGGGGCCAUGCUCCGAUCUUGUUCUCUAUCUCAGCGUCAUAAUUGGCAACAUUCCCCUACAAGAUGUUGUCGCUCAACCUCCACCAAUUAUCCGACCGGUAGCUUACACGCCACCUAGCACAGCAGUUAGUCGUCGAACUAAGAAAGGAUCCCGACCACCAAGAAUGUCAGUCUAUAUCGAAACCUCUUGCUGAAGAACCAUCGUUAACAGAUACAGAAACAUUAAUUCUAUUGUGUGGUUCCCGUGUUUGUACAGGCGAACAACUGACUUGCCUUUGCAUGUGUUUGUGACGGGUGCCACCUGUAGGGGUGGUCACCUUUUCGCGAAUACCUGGUGUCAUCAGUUUUUGAUAGUGAUUCUUAAACACAUGCUCAUGGUAUUGUCGGAAUCGUACAAUCGACAUUUCUGAUGAAUAUGGAACCGGUUUUGCCGCAUUUAUUUCAUAUUUUUCAGAUGUGAAUUUGUUCUGUCGUAAAGUGUCACAAAUGCAAUAUCAGUUUAAUACGAAUAUGUUUUGUUAAAUGAGCCAUUUCCUGAGUUUUGAUGUCAUUAUUUAUGUAUUUAUAUUUAGGUAUAUCGCUAUAUGGCUGAAAUAAUGCCGAUGCGACGUUAAAUAUUAACUCACACUCUCAUUUAUAUGGCAUUUUCUCAAAAAUACUCUGUAGCCGUCCUGGCAGUUGACUUUGCAGGAUACUUUAAUAGGUCCUCUCAUUCUAACUUAUAUGCCAUGUGAGGACAGGUACAGUGUCUAUCCGGGUCCACAUGGUAAAACCUUAAGUGAUUAACUGUGUGGGUAGGUGACUGGGGUUUUACACUGCUUUUAGCAAUACUCCAUUUGAUAUCACGCCCGGGAGACAUUAGAAAUGGGCUUAACACAUGAUUGUACCAACGUAUAACCGUUAGGGUACUCUACCACCCGUCCUUAAAGAGAAUGCCUUAUUCACAUAUACCAUGUAUUUGGUGAUGGUAGAGCCCUGAUUUGUGAUAACUAUAUUUAUAUUUUUCAUAUGAAGAAAGAAACGUUUUAUUGGACAUGUUUCUUACACUCUUCGAAAGAAGAAACGCUCUGGGAGAAUUUUAGUUAAUUUAUUGUACCUAAUAAAGUCGAUAUAUUUAAUUUAAUAUCAUAGAUACAAAUAUCACAUUUGGGAGCUCGAUAGUCACAGAUUGUCGUUGUACAAAGGCAUUGAAAACUGUUCAUUGUCAUGUCACAAAAGGCCACAAGGUUCCGGGCAGCAAUCACGGCUCUGCAUCUCAUCAUCACUGCCUGGAUACGUGUACGAAAACUGUCCUGCGGACGAGUUGGCCAGUUGUGGGAGUAUCUGCGGCGUGUUCUGACUUUGACGUACACGUCGAUCGAGUUUAUCCCAGAGGAGUUCGAUUGGGUGAAGAUCUGAAGAUCUCGAUAUCCAGGGCAAGGCGUUGAUGUUGGCAUUAGGAAGGUAGUCUACCGUGACACGAACUGUGUGCGGUGAAGCAUUGUCCUGUUGAAACAGCUCCCUCUGGCGGUCAAUGAUUGGAAGAAGGUGAGGUUGAAGAAUUUGAUUCAUGUAGCGAUUUGCUGUCAGAUUUCCGUGAACCACAACCAAGUCAGAUUGGGAGGAUAUGGCCCCCAACAACCGCCACCGACAUUAACACUUUGUCUCCCAAUCGUGAUUCAUCGCUAAACCACACCCGUCUCCAGUUUCUCAAAUUCCAAGGCUGUAAGGUGUGGCACUAACACAAACGUCGCUGUCGAUGGAUCUGUUGCAAAACAGGGACGAUAACUGGUCU